AUGAAACCUACUUAUCUUAGUACCAUCUUCGUGGGAAUAUCCGCGUACACGGACAGGCUCGUUCCGGAAGCAGCCGUACUUCUCCCUGCCGUUUCAGGCCAAUGCGUGCAGCGACAAUUUGAGUACGAGAGCUUCGUAUGUGUUUGUGACGCGACGUUCUGUGAUGAAGUUGGUGUGGUGGCACCGCCCGCUGCCGGCACCUACAGCGUCUACACGAGCUCCAGGGACCAGUUUAGGCUCGAACCGAGUUUUGGCAGCGUCGAAGAUGCACCCUCUGGCACCGCAUCGAUCGCCGUCAGUACCGCCAGUCGCUAUCAGUCGAUGAUCGGCUUCGGCGGAGCCUUCACUGAUUCCACGGGACUCAACUUCAACAAGCUCCCCGCUCAGGCUCAGGAGUUUGCUAUCAGAGCCUACUUCGCUCCUGAAGGCAUCGGCUACAACAUUGGGCGCAUCCCCAUAGCGGGCAGCGACUGCUCCACCCGCCCCUACUCCUACGAUGACCACGAAGGAGACAUCGCUCUUGAACUCUGGGCCCUCGAGCCCGAGGACUACGAUUACAAGUUUCCGUACCUGAAGCGCGCGCUGGAGAUCAGCCCUCGGGAGAUAUUCUACUUCGGGUCUCCGUGGGCUCCUCCAGCCUGGAUGAAAACCAACGGAAUGUUUAAUGGAUCUGGCAUCCUGCUUCCUGAGAUGUGGCAGCCCUGGUCCGAUUACAUCGUCAAAUUUGUUGAAGCCUACGAGGCAGAAGGCGUCCCGAUUUGGGGACUGACUCCGCAGAACGAGCCUCUUUCUGGGUAUCAGGACUGGGGCUGGAACACGUGCGGCUGGAAUGCGGAGGACAUGCGAGACUGGAUCAAACUCAACCUUGGCCCCACGCUGGAGGCCGCGGGCCUGAGGAGACUAAAGAUGAUGAUCGACGACUUCAACAGAGAUACUUUACCGGACUAUGUCAUUCCGUCUCUGGAAGACCCUGACUCGAACAAGUACGUAGACGGGGUGGCUGUACACUGGUACUCUGAUACUGGCGUCGGACCGCAAGUUCUUGAUCAGGCCCAUGAAGUUGACCCCUCGAAAUUCCUGCUCUACACUGAAGCUUGUGAAGGAUAUAACGUUGAAGGUGCCUUGAGUGUCAUGCUCGGAUCCUGGACUCGCGGAGAGCACUACUUUGACAACAUCAUCGAGGACUUGAACCACUGGUCCGGAGGUUGGGUGGACUGGAACAUGGCGCUCGACAUCACUGGAGGUCCCAACUGGGCGAACAACUUACUUGACUCGCCAAUCAUUGUCAAUGAAGCGACCGGAGAGUUCUACAAGCAGCCGACCUUCUACGCCAUGGCGCACGCCAGCAAGUUCAUCGAGCGCGACGGCGUGCGCGUUGACGCAAUUCCUGACAACGGAGGACUGCGCUCGACUGCCGUUAUUAAUCCCGAUGGCACCAUCGUCGUUCUCGUCCUUAACAAAGACGAUGCAUCAUACGAUAUCAGCAUCGCCAUUGACGGCACUCGCUACGUCAACGCAAACCUGCCCGCCAAGAGCAUGCAGACGUUCCUGGUGGCGGCGGCGUGAGUUGCUGUGGCAUCAACUGGAGUUGCGGUCUGCUACUAAUCAUGAAUAAAACUUUCAAUUUUGGCA